AUGGCGGAUGCACAGAAGCAAAUGCAGGCACUCUCAGACGAGUUCCAAAAAUUACAGACCGAAUUGGAUAGUUUUGUCGAAGCUCGUCAGAAGCUCGAGUCACAGCAACAGGAAAAUCAAGGAGUCCAGAAGGAGUUUAACUCGUUGGAUGACGAUGCGAACAUCUACAAGCUCAUUGGGCCGGUCCUGUUGAAGCAGGAUAAGAACGAGGCCCUGAUGGCUGUCAAUGGACGUCUUGAGUUUAUUGAGAAGGAGAUUAAACGGAUCGAGGGACAAAUCAAGGAAAACCAAGACAAGAGCGACAAGAUGCGAGCAGAGAUGCUUCAAUAUCAGAGCCAAAUGCAACAGCAAGCGGCAGCUGCAUCCGCCUCCGCUUGA